AAGCUAAUGGCAGCCACUCAGGCUUUCUUUGCUGGUGUUUUAAGCCUGGUCUGAAUCAUCGCCAAUUUUUGGUUAUCAAAUGAUGAACCAGGUCUUACUGAGAAGAUGGUGAAUUAUAUUGGGACCUCAAGCAUUACCUAUUCAGCUCUGUUUUUAGCAUUGUACUUUUUAAUAGGAGCCAAUGCUGAAAACUUCAAGUUACAAAGAGAAAAAUAAUCAUAAAUCCCUAAUAAGAUUCCCACAAAAAGAUAGGUGGAUCAAGACCUCUCCUGACCAACCAAUGGCGAUGGACUUUUCCAAAGGAUUGGAAUCUCCCAUGUUUAUCGUUGAGACUCUAAACCAAGUCUAUCAACAAUCAAAUAGAGCUAAAGCCGAAGGGAAUAUUUAUACGGCAAAAAAGAACAAUAAAGAAAACUGUAAAAUAAAGAUACUCGCAAUGGCUGUUAGUAAAUUAGCAAGGGAGUUGAAAUCCACCACUAAUUCACUUGUCGUGCAAAAGACUUCUCAUAUUAAUUCGCCAAGUUUCCCCAAGUUUCUAGAAAAUUUGGAAUUAGUCCUUAAAGAACUUUUGGAAAGAGAAUCUUCUACAAAGAAAUUUUUGGUGAAGAGGAAUAAAAUUAGCAAAGAUAAAUACGACUCACUUGUGUCUGAAUAUUAUCAGAAAUUAGCUGAUGGAUGAGUCGAUUUUCAGGUUUUACAUACUGAGAGGAGAGUCGAGAAAAAUGAAUCUUUUGUUUCACUCAUUGACUUUUAUGACCAGAUGAGUUUGGAGGAGAAAUCUAAUCCUAAGAAAAAAGCUGAUAGUUCACAAAGUCUUACAAAUAGGAGGUACUCUCAGAGAAGAAGACGCAGAAGUCAGUUUGACAGAAUCAAAUCAAAGAAUAAUUUUGGUAGAAGAAAAAGUGUCUUUUCUCAGGCCUCAAAGUUUAAGAUAACUACAUCAGAUGAUAGUGAGAGUGACGACAGUGAAGAGAAAGAAAUAGUUGGAGGAUCUGCUCAGCACUGAUCACAUGAAAGAAAUCAACUUAAUGAAAUAAGUCAGAAAUCUAACCUGAGUAUGUCUAUACACAAUUUUCCUGGUAAGAAGGAAAGGCAAGAAGCACAGAAAAAGAUGAAAGAAGCAAAAAGAGAAAGAAUGGCCGAACUUGAUAAGAGUGGACUUGCCGACACUCUUAAGAAUCUUACUAAAUUGGCUAUUAACAGCAGUUCUCGAAACGAAGGUACUUUUGAAGAAGCAGACAAAAGAAGUAUUUCAGGCCCUCUUUCUUGUCAAAACAAAGUUUGAGAGAAGCAUCCUCAAAUAAAGAAAAUUGAGGAUAAAUCUUCUGGGAAGUCAUAUCUGAAGGCUAGUUCGGUAAAGAGGCAGAAAUAUUCUCGAUUCUCACCAAGAUACUGCUCAAACUCACAAAAUAAUCUUUCAGAAAAAGGUGAAAUAUUAUACUCAAAGAGUAAAAAGAAUGAAAAUGCAGGAAACAAAUAUCAGCAUGACUCAGUAAUGAAGGACCUAGAGAAAUCCGAUGAGAAAUUUAACAGUGAUAUUUUGGCAGACAAAGAACAUAGUGAGCACUAUUGAGAUGACUCCCACAAGAAAUCUGACAUUACAAACCUUGGUAUUAGGUUAAAGGAUAGUGAAGAUGAGAUCUAUAAAUUUUCAAAUAAUUCACAUUCUGUUGAAAAAAGAUUAGAUGAAAUAGAAGAAAAGCCUGUAAUCAAUCAAACUUUAAAGCAAGAAUUACCCCCUAUCUACAACAAGAUGAAAAAGGAAAGUAGACAUUUUAGCUUUGAUCUGGCGUGAGAAAAUCUCCCUGUAAAAGUGCAAUCCAAUCGUCCUAAUUCUCAUCCUUCUCAUAACCUUGUAUCUUUUGAAGUUUUGAACGAUAAACCAAGCCCAUGGGAAUUCCAAGAAUUUUCAGAAAUCGAAGAAAAAGCCAAUUUAUUAGCUGAAAAGAUAAAUGUAGCUAACAGAGAUGCUAUUCCUUCAAAAUUUAGCCACAGGUCCUAGAAAAGUAGCAUUUUUAUUUUAAAUCGUCAACUAUAA